AUGACGGCUGGCUUCAUCUGUCGCGAGGUCGCCGCACACUACCAAGCUGCAGACGGCCAGGGUAGGCCGGUUCAAGGGCUUUUCUACAGCGCCGUACCCGUUUUUACCCUCCCGCUAUUCAAAUUUCUGCUCUGCUCUUCAAUCAUCGCGGACUUGUUGCCGCGGCUGAACCCGACUAUCUCCUACAUCAUCAUUUGGACCUUCUUCAGCGCCGUCAUCUCCUGCACCGCCCAGGGCGCAUCGACGUACUUCAACCCGGAUGCCACACAAGGCACUGUGAGGUCGGCUCUCGCACUGCUUAAGGCGAGCCUCUUCCUGCAGCUGGUGCCAAACGGGGCGUCUGUCUGUGUCCUUCUCCACCUGCUCUUCCGACAGGACUCGAAUGCCGUUCGGUGCCGAACCCUUCUGCUGUCAUUGUUCGUUCUCAUGGCGCUAGUCUUCCUGCGCAAUGCCUUUCGGACCAUCCAGCUUUUCGUGUCAGCACGCUCGCCAUUGUGGACCGAUGAGGUGUAUUUCUGGGUCUUUGAGGGCUGUGUGAUGCUGUGCUAUACUGUUCUAUUCCAUGCCCUCCACCCUGGAAAAUUCGCUCACAUGGGGGUUGGUGACUGUUACCGAGGAAGACGAUGUAGCUGA